AUGCUUAGGGAAGAGCUACAGUUACUCCAGGAGCCUGGCUCUUAUGUUGGUGAGGUGGUGAAGGUCAUGGGAAAAUCAAAGGUUCUUGUUAAGGUGCAUCCAGAAGGCAAAUAUGUAGUAGAUAUUGAUAAGAGCAUCGAUAUCACAAAAAUCACACCUUCAACAAGAGUUGCUCUUCGGAAUGAUAGCUAUAUGCUUCAUUUGGUCCUUCCAAGCAAAGUUGAUCCACUGGUCAAUCUUAUGAAAGUUGAGAAGGUCCCAGAUUCUACAUAUGAUAUGAUUGGAGGUCUUGAUCAGCAAAUCAAGGAGAUCAAAGAGGUCAUCGAGCUUCCUAUCAAACAUCCUGAGUUAUUUGAGAGCCUUGGAAUUGCCCAGCCAAAGGGUGUUCUCCUUUAUGGACCACCAGGGACAGGCAAAACAUUACUGGCACGUGCAGUUGCUCAUCACACCGACUGUACCUUCAUCAGGGUAUCUGGUUCUGAGUUGGUUCAGAAGUAUAUUGGUGAGGGCUCCCGGAUGGUUCGUGAACUCUUUGUUAUGGCUAGGGAGCAUGCACCGUCUAUUAUAUUCAUGGAUGAAAUAGACUCCAUUGGAUCUGCUAGAAUGGAGUCUGGAACUGGCAAUGGUGAUAGUGAAGUGCAACGGACCAUGCUUGAGCUUCUAAACCAACUUGAUGGUUUUGAAGCAUCAAACAAAAUUAAGGUUCUGAUGGCAACAAACCGGAUAGACAUCUUGGAUCAAGCCCUUUUGAGGCCUGGCCGCAUAGACAGGAAGAUUGAAUUUCCAAAUCCUAAUGAGGAUUCACGAGGUGAUAUCUUGAAGAUUCAUUCAAGAAGGAUGAACUUGAUGCGUGGUAUUGAUCUGAAAAAGAUUGCGGGAAAGAUGAAUGGCGCUUCAGGAGCUGAGCUAAAGGUCUGCACCGAAGCCGGAAUGUUUGCUCUCCGCGAGAGAAGGGUGCACGUAACACAGGAGGACUUCGAGAUGGCGGUGGCCAAGGUGAUGAAGAAGGACAAUGAGAAGAACAUGUCCUUGCGGAAGCUGUGGAAGUGA